AUGGCACACUUCUUCAAGAAGCACGCCCCCGCCGCCUCCACUCCGGAUACGGAGGAGGUAGAGAUGCUGCGGCAAAAGGUUGGCACUCUGGAGGAGGUUGUUAGGCGGGCAGAGGAGGAAUUGCGGGAGGAACGAGGAAGGUUGUCCACGCUGCAGCUCAAGACGGCCCAGUGGAAGGAAAAGGUCAAGGAGCUCAACCGUAGGGAUCAGGUACGUAUCGCAGAACUGGAAGGGGAGUUGAAGGUCAUCAAGACCCUGCACGAAGCUGCGCCGGUUCCCAUCACCGCGGAGAUGCAUUCGUUGCUGGACAAUGCGCUUGCAACGCUGCGCGACAAGCACGAAAGGGAACUGGGAGUCAAGCAGCAGGAGCUGAACAAGGCCCUUGCCACUGUUUCGGCCCGCGAUUCGGAACUUGCGCAACAAAAUAGUGAGCUGAAGGCACUCCAAGAGCAGUACAUUGAGAGCCAGCAACGCUUUACACAGGAACUGGAGUCGCUUAGCAAACACCAUGAGGUGGAAGUACAGCAACUUCGUGUGCAACUGAGGGAGUUGGACAAGGCCGAGGAGCUCAGCAGCCGCAUCGGGAAGCAACAGGAGGAAAUCCAGGCGUUGGAACGACACUCCACUCAACAGGCCGGUCUCACUGGAGAGUUACAGAGGGAAAUCGUGGAACUCGAGGCAAAAAAUAACAAGUUGCAGAGCGAACUCGAGGAGGCUUCUACAAAGUUGUCCGCCGUGCUUGAGAAGCAGCGAGUGUGGAAAGAAGGCGUUAAGAACAUAAAGCUGCAGGAUGUAAGGACCAUUCAAGAACUGCGAGAGGAGCUUGAAAAACAAAAGCGAGCGGUAUCCACAGACACCGCUCUACAUCCCUCGCAGGAGGAGAAACUGCAACAGUGGAAGGAAAAGGUGAAGCAUGAAAAGCUCAAGGAUAUGCAAAAAAUUAACAGCCUUACACAAUACCUUCGCAACUCCCAACAACAGGCGGCUGAGGCAAAAAAACUCAUCCACGCUGUAGCCACCCUUCUCGCAGAAACUCCACCAAAAGUCUCACACUGCAUUGAAAUUGCAAACAAAUUCCAGGCAUCCCUCAACGCAAAUUUCGCGGAAACCGAAAACGAGACAUCCGUUAAUCGUGAUGAGGCCUCUGCACCAACAAACAGAAACGAGCAGAAAGAAAAUCACGAUUUGGUAGAAGCGCCAGCACACCUGCGGGCCCAGCUGGAGGAGGCGGAGCGGCAGCGCGCGGAGGUGCAGCGGGAGCUGGAGCGAACGGGCGAGGAGCUGCACGUUCUCCGCGAGCAGAGUGGGUCGGACGCUGCGGAACUGCGGGCCCAGCUGGAGGAGGCGGUGCGGCAGCGCGCGGAGGUGCAGCGGGAGCUGGAGCGAACGGGCGAGGAGCUGCACGUCU